AUGGUUCGUGUAAAAGCGCCACCAUCGGAACAUGGUAGCAAUGCAACCCCCAUACACCUAGUUGUGGUGCUAGAUGUCUGGGGUACAACGGGCCAGCAGCUGGCAGCAGGACCAAUUAGGUUACUGGAUCUGCUGAAGACGAUGGAGUUCAUGAGAGGAGUGGUCUGUAGAGAGGACGCGGCAAAAGGCCUGAUUGACGUCGUUGAUGCAUUCAAUGUUCAGACGGAGACGACCAUUGAUAAUUGGAUAGCCGAAGCUAGAAAGCGGGUACACGCCGUUCAGGGAAACCAGGAAAAUGUCGUGGACAAGACUCGAACUGAGCUUAGACCAGUGGAGCGCGCCGUUCAGAUCCUGGACAGUACGAGUGAACAAAGUCCUGGUGGCGUGAAGCGUGUUGGCUUCAUCCUCCUCCUGUCGGAUGGACGACAGAACAAGCUUCUGUUUGACGAGUCUGAUGUCAAAAACCUCCGUCGCAAGUACCCGGUGCACGCCUUCGGCUUGGGAAUGAAUCAUGACCCAGGGAUGCUGCAUCGUAUCGCCGAAACAUCCAGAGGAACCUACUCCUCCAUUGCGCCUGCGCAUGCGGAGAAUCAGAAUAAUCUCAACAACAGCAGCAAGCUGAUGGAAGCCGUGGCCUUGUGCUUAGGCGGGCUCAAGAGUGUUGUGGCCAUCAACACGCGCGUCAAAAUCAGGGUAAAGCUCGACGACCCAAACCCAAACGAGAACAAUGUGAACAAUAAAAGCAUCAACAUGAAGAUCCAACAGGGGGCCCACGACUUUAUCACCAAGACGAAGGAAGGUUUUGCUGUCGGCGUCCUCUACGCUGGUGAGGUGAAGGACUUGAUCGUCCAGAUUAAUUUUAGAACCAACCCCAUUAGUUCACGAACCCGAUCAGCUACUCUUACUGCUACCCUGGAGUAUGAGGAUAGUUCUGCUAGUUCACACAACCAGGCAGAGGCAGCAGCAGCUGCUGCUGCUAGUACUACUACUCUUACCGCCGAAUGCAACCUGCCGCUCCUAGUCACGGGAACCAGUAAUGAGGCUGCCAGGACAGCGUACGGGAAGUUGAAACAAUCGCUUCCCAAUUCCAUGGUCCUGCAAAGGAUGAUCAUGUUGGAGGUGCUGGAAAUGCUGGCCAGCUUUGCAGAGGAAUACUCGAUGACGAAGAAGAAGGAGGAGGUGGGAGGCCUGCUGCGGAGGAAGUGGGAAGAGGAGCGAAAGAAGACACGAAAUUAUCUGGAGGUGGCCCAGGAGAUGAGUGACCUCAUCGACGACCUGCGGAGGAUCGACGAUGACAUGGAGGCGAUGGCGAAGUGCCUGCAGAAAGAGGGGGUCUCCUCGGGGUUGAGCUGCAUCUACUCGUGGGUGUCGAGCUACCAGAUGCAGCGUGCCACCACGGGCCUGCCACUGCCACCGCCGGCACCAGCAACCCCCCCGUUCCUGACGCCAGACAUGGGGAAAAUGGUGGAAAAGGCAAGGAAUUAUAAGCAGCAGCCGCCUGUCCAGGAAGACGGGGCGGGGGCCUCCUCCUCCUCGUCGUCUAGGGGCAACAAGUCGCCACCACCCCCGGCGCCACCCAGCACCACCCGGGACAACGACAUCAAGCCUAAGCACCCUGCCGUCACACAGCUGCACCAGCACAUCUUCACAGAGUUGGAUCAUUACGCAGGCGUUGAGCAACAGUUUAAGGACAGUCACUUCGAAUUCAUGAAGGGCGCAAUGUUGAAGGAAUUCGAAAAAAUGAUCGACAAGUACAAGCCGGAGACCACUACUUCCGGCAGCGGCAAAGAGGCAGGCGCGCGUCCCAAGUGA